UAUCAGUGCUGGAAGCGUGCACUGUGGGAGAAGGUCAUCCCGACCUGACUGGCUGAUUGUACAGUCCCCUCAGUCAAAGUGAGGGUUUCUACCGCUGUAACCACCGCCCCAUCUCACCAACAUCACACCUGCACCUCAAGCCCCACCUCACCCGCAUCUCACCUCCUCCUGCAACAGAUUCACGUGCUUCACACAAACAUCCGCCUCGUGGACACUUGCUGUCACGUGACCCACAUACCAAUGUUGUCAAGUGUACAGUUCGGCAAGGCUCCCCGUAUUUGCUCUCACGGAAUGUACAGUUUGUGAAGCUUAUAGCUGAUCGAACCCCUACGUGAAGGAAAUAACUGACCGAAAACAGACGUGAAAAGGAAAGUGAAAACGAAAGUGAAAACAGAAGCGGAAACAGGCGAAUCAACCCGCGCAGCUAGCGUGAAGCAAGCCGUGUAACUACAAGCGUGAAUUGUGUGUCCGUAUUGUGCCCCCCGUGCUGACCCCCCGGAAUGUAUGUGUGGGUGGUACUGCUGGUCUUCCUCCUGGUUCUCCCGGUGCUCCUCCAAAUUAGCCACACCCUCAAGUACUACGUCAAGUUCGCCAUCUACUACGUGCUCCUCACAGCCAUAGGGUCAGGGGUCACAAUUCUGUCUCUCUUCAAACCGAAAGACUUAAACAACUUCAGUUAUGCUGCUGUAGCGUUCAACCUGGUGCGGAAGGCGUUUGGUAUCCAUACGGAAGUGAUUGAUGAGGAGAACCUCCGUUCAGAUGAACCGUACAUCCUAGUGUCCAACCACCAGAGCUCCUUGGAUCUAAUGGGAAUGGCUGUUAUCAAGCCCCCGAAUUGUACAUGUCUGGCAAAGAAGGAGAUUAAGUACGCAGCAGGACCUUUCGGACUGGCGAUAUGGUUGAGCGGUGGCAUUUUCAUUGACCGCCUGGACAAGGAGAAAGCCAUGUCCACCAUGGCGAAGACAGCUGACAUCAUCAACAGAGACAAGUGCAAGGUGUGGAUCUUCCCCGAGGGAAAGAGGAACCACGGGGGAUCCCUGCUGCCCUUCAAGAAGGGGGCGUUCCAUCUAGCAGUACAGGCAAAGGUGCCCGUGGUCCCCGUGGUCUUCUCAUCCUACUCUGGAUUCUAUGACAAGGAGAACAAGCAUUUUGAUACGGGACGGUUCACCAUCACGUGCCUUCCUCCCGUCCCAACUACCGGGAUGACGUCGGAUGACGUUACGGAGCUCACGGACAACGUCUAUACCCGGAUGUUGGAGGUUUAUAACCGGACGUCUCCACCUCCAUCUGGUGGCUGCACCCACUGAUCCUUCUUCGCUGCCGGAAGUUGAACAAGUUGUGUGUCGUUUCGGUGUAUUUGUGUUUCCCGACUGACGCCAUGACACACAGUACUACUUCCACAACACGGGGAGACCGCCAUCUCCAUGGGGUGGAGAGAAGCAAGAAGACAACUAUGGCAAAUAUAGGAUGUAACAUCACGUGCCUGGGCUGUGCUAGACCAGGUCGUACUCCAAGAAAGAAACGAACAGUGUAUAUAAUGCCCUUGUAAUAAAUACUUCUGUGGUUUUUGAAA